CGUCCUGUUUGAGCACAACGCGCGAGACGUUAAACUAGCAACUUCUCAUAUUCGACAUGAUUAUAAAUUGUGUUGUUGACGUGAGAUAAGGCUACUCACAGUAUAUUGAUGCUGUUAAUGCUAUACUUAGGAAAGUGACGACAGCAACUCUCGACAAAAGCCCUUCCUGCUGGUUGACCGGCUUCAUCAUGUCCCAGACCAACACUUCUCUCCUGGAAGAGGUGGUGCAGUGGAGUCAGGAAACAUGCCGCCUACAGCUUAAGUCUGUCUUGCCUAAACUUACUUCUUUACAUAACAAGUCUGAUGGUUGGGAUGAUCAUAUACGUGUACUGAAGAUAAUCAUAGACUUGUUCCUCCCUCAUAUUGCUCUAACAGACGUGGAGAAUGAAUGUUUCUCCAAGAUCCUACCAAAGGCAGUGACGAUUUUUGACAGUAUGAGGAAAGACAUUUUAAUCCAAGUUGGAGGCCUGUCGAGUCAAAACACAGAGCUCUGUUCCUUACUAAGGAACAUUUUGAAGUCAAUGAUGCAGAUCAUUGAUGCUUUGUCUACAUGCGUGCGUCAUGUUGGCACGUACGAUGUCCUAGACCUUGUGGCUAUUCGCACCUUACCAACCUGCAUUCUGAAGGUGUUGCGAGACACUUUCCAGCACUGCAAGGAGAGUGAGGCGGUCUACUGUGGGCGCCUGUCCCUGGUCGCUGAUCUGCUACAGGGACUCUUCAAGGAGGCCUAUGCACUCCAAAAGGGUCUGUUGGAGCUGCUGGACAAAAUCUCCCUUGAUAGCGCUGCCUCUGAGGAGGAAGUCAAUGACAUCGUCACAGUGAUCCACAGCCUCUUGGAUAUUUCCUCGGUUAUUUGUAACCUGGACAUGGCGCUACAUGCAAACACCUGGAAGUUUCUCAUCAAGCAGAGUCUGAAAUACCAGACACUGGUGGAGGAACAUCUGCAUCAUGGUGACAUCAGCUCGAGCCUGUGUAACAACCUGUUGGCUUCUUUCCACAACGCUGUAGAUCUGGCUGAGCAGAUAAACCGUGCUGGUCUUCAGGAGGCAACUCAGAGCGCCGAACAUAAGCUGUUUCAGAAAACUGCAAAGAUGUGCAGAUUUUUUGCCAACACCUUAGUUCAUUACAUCAAGGAAUUCAAGACUUUUUUAACAAAGUCUUGCAGGCACUUUCAUCAACUGUACCUCCAGAUCGUCAGUAAGUUCCCCCCUAGCUUGUGUGCGCCAACGUUACCCCCCACUCUUUAUGAGGAGCUUAAUGUGGCAGCUCUGGUGCCCAUGGAUGCGCUUCUUGUCCAGCUUCUACCACUCGGGCCUUUUGCUGAAGUGGUUCUCCAGGAGGACUCGCACAUACCAAAGGAGCAUGAGCUUCCUCAGUGCCUUUUGCUCACUAACGUCUUGAGUCAGUUGCCCUCCCAGCCAGAGGAGGAGGUGCUGCAGCUUUGGCACACGGGCAGUCAGUUUUCUGAAGAGACACCGAGGCUGCCUCUCUACCAGGCUGUGUUCACCAGUUUCCGGCGUUGUUAUGUUGAACGGAAGGUCCCGGUGUCGUUGCCCGGGGUGAUGAUGAAAGGUCAGGCCCAGGGUCAGGUGACCCUGCACCAUCACAUCUGCGUGCAGCUCUGUGCCAGCGUAGCUGUGCUUCCGACACGAUACUUCCCUGUUCUGGAGCGGUGUUUAGUGGAGGCCAUACUACAGGCUGACAAUCACACAGCUCUUUUGGCCACAGACGUGUGGUGCUUCACUGCUCGGUAUGGCACGGCCGAACUUUGUCUACAUCAUGUCCUUCUGAUUGCCCAUUUGGUGAAAACCUGUCCAGCCGAGUGCUACCAGUCUUCCCACCUGGGCCUGCUGCUCAGACGCAUGCUUUUCCUCAUGACACCCACCCACCAGAUGGAGCUGCUAGAACGCUUCCCUACAUCCAAGUCAGAAAAUCUCCCCGUAUGGCGCCACGUCCUCCUCCGAGCCCUUUCAAAUGACGCCCGUCGGCGCGUGGAGGUGGAUGUCAUCGCUUUAACUCAAAAAGCUCUGACCGACUGGCAGAGUGGAGGUUACAAACUGGGCCAAGUGGACAAAGUGAAUGCUGUGUUACAAUGCCUCCUAGUGGUGGUUCGAGGAAAGUCCCCUUCCGAGGCGUCUACGUCGAAGAUAGUCACACAACUGUGGGCGAGGAUGAGCCCACAUCAGGUGCAGAUCCAUGAUGUGCUGCAGUGUACUCUGCAGCUCCUCUUGUCAAUGACGGCAGUCUUAGUGAAAAGCAUAGAACCUCAAGUCAUUCUUCAGGCUCUGGUGUGUGUGGAGGCUGUCGUGUCCCAGAAGUGUGCAGACCAACUUCUCUUGACUGUGCUGGAGUUCCUUUCGUCACUAGGGAAGGUGUUCAUCCCUCCUAACAGCCAGAGUGAAAUUCUGCCGAGGUUGAGCAGCCUGUUUGGCUCACUGCUGUCAGAAAGUUCUUGGCUGCUCCAUCAACACACUUUGGAGGCCUUUGCUCAAUUCGCAGAGAUAACAAACCACGAAGAGGUCAUUUCCCAGAGUUUGUGUGUAGAAGAAACCAAAAGCAAGGUGGUGAAUUACCUCAGCAAGACUGUCAACGCUCAUGAGGGGGCGGAGUUACGGCUAGAACGAAUCAAGGCAGAGAAGAUGGUUUUAGAGCAACACAACAAGCGUCUGGAGGCCAGAAGAGAUGUUUCUACCCAGUCUGUGGAUGAUUCAGAGCCUCAGCCUAAACGAGCUCGGCAGGAGAGCCAUGCAGAUGAGGAGUACAGCCGCCACAUCCAGACUGCUCAAAGUGCGUUGAAGGCCGUCCAUGCGCUCACAGACACUGAAGCACUGCUCCCUCCUACCUGGCUGCCAUCAAGACUACAGGAGCUCCAGCUGCUGAUAAGUGAAAUAACCUCAACAAUAUCCCAAAACUAACAAUUGUAAGGGGAAAAAAGUAUUUAUUUGUCUAUUUUUAAUGCAUCAGCUUUGAUUAAAUAUAAUUAAAUUGUUUUCAAUAAUC